AUGGGGAAGGACGACCAAAUGUGCGACAUUCUGUUCAACAUAAAGUUUGCGUCCAAGCAGAUGACAAAGAGCGCUGCCGCAUCGGAAAAGUCGGCGGAAAAGGAGAGGCUGAAUGUCAAGAAGGCGCUGGAGAAGGGCAACCCCGAGGCAGCCCGCAUCUAUGCCGAGAACGCGAUUCGCAAGCGCAAUGAGAGCCUGAAUUAUCUCCGCCUUGCCUCCCGCCUUGACGCUGCCUCGUCACGCAUACAAACUGCCGUGCAGAUGAAGAUGGUGACCAAGGCGAUGUCCACCACAGUGAAGGGCAUGGACAAGGUCCUCAGCUCUAUGGACCCCAUGAGAAUUGCAACGGUGAUGGAUGCCUUUGAGCAGCAAGUCGGAACGAUGGACGUGAAUCUGGGCACAAUGGAUGCUGCCUUCGAGAACUCCUCAGCCAGCACGGUGCCGGUGACUGAGGUUGACUCAUUGAUGGAGCAGGUGGCUGCGGCGAACAAUAUUGAUCUUAGCGCAAAGCUUAGCAAUAAACCGCUGGGCAACAGCAUUGCAAUGCCUGAGCGGAAGCAGGAUGUGGACGAGGACGACAUUUCGGAGCGUCUCAAAGCUCUACAGGCGCUGUAA